GGAAGAAACAAAAAAUAAAAAGAAGUUCCUAACCAGAGAGUCUGAAAAUAGAAUGAACGCUGCUGUACGAAAUGCUCAAAGACUCUUUCACAAGUGGCCAAACUUUUUGAGAAUAUCGCACAGUUUUUACAGAUGCAAAGGAAAUAAAACUCAUGAAAUUAAACUGGAAGACAAGGAAUGCAUUGUCGUGUAUGUUUUGGUCAAGGGAUUGAUUCCGAUAGGGUGGGAUCCUUUUCCUAGAAAAUUUGAAGGAUAUGAGGUGGAUGUCAGAGAGUGUAUGCCAAUAAAAAUGUUCUUUAGGUCAGUCGGUUCUGGAAUGUUAAAUAUAUGGAGCCCUGUAGGAACGCUUCAAAGUCCAGUUCCUGGGCAAUCAAAUGACCUUCUUGCGUUGACUGCAGGGCACGUCUUUCUUUCUAAAGAUGAGACAGACAAAAACUCAAAGGACAACAACUCAGAUGCGUUUCAUGAAAGGAAAACGAGUAAAGGAUAUCAGCAAAUUAAGGAGGAUUCAGAUAUUGAAAUCGUGUUUGGAAAUCUUACGAUAAAUGGGGGAGAAGAUAUUGCACAUGCGGAUGUUGCAGUUGUUCAAUUAGAAUCGCCUUUAACAUCCUUUGAAACACUUUGGAAUGAACUAGGUUUGACAAGAGAACCGACAUUCGACGUCCAUGCAGAACAAUGCGACGAUGUACGUAACGGAGACAUUGUUAUGAAAUAUGGUGAAACUACAAAAAUCACUCUAGGAAGAGUAAAAGCUCUCGAGGGUGCAUAUGACAAUAGACUCGGUUUUAUUGAAAUAGAAUCAUAUAAGAAUAGAGUGUUUUCUGAGCCAGGUGAUUCAGGUGCGUAUGUUUAUGUUUUAAACAAGAACAUGCUUCUGGAAGAAGAAAAAGAGGACGAUUCACGUUUUACUGAAGGAAAAGAUGCUUUUCUCAUUGGAACUAUCCAUGGCGGAAACGAAGAUACUAUUUAUUGCACAAAGAUGAUUGCAAAUCUUGAGGGUUUGCGAAAGUUUACAAACUUAAUGCGAUGAUGCUGCACAAGUCUAGUUUGGAGAUUUAGGCUAGGAUGGACGAGGCACAAA